UGUGACGGCUCAGCGAGGAACGCCCGAAUGGGAUUAGAGGAUUUCACGGACGCUCAGCGCCGAACGAAGGCAGCGAGAGGCACGGAGGAGCGGGGGCUGUCGGGGGCAUUUUGGUUCGCAAGGGCAGAGGCGGUCAUAAUUCGCUCGCGGUCCGGGCAGGGCAGGGGGGGCCGCACGCCGCACGGCGAGAGGGGCUCCGGCUGCCCUCUGCCCGCCCCGGGGCUCCCCGUUAAUGGUUAACGCGUCCCGGUGGUCACGGCGGCGUGAUCCGCGCCCGCCCCCCCGCGCCGGGCAGAACCGCGGUGCGCGCCGGCUCCGCCGCUCCGAACUCCGCGCUCCGCCGUUCCCAGCUCCGUCGGUGCCGUCGGUGCGGCGGUGCCAUGGCCCCCCGGGCGCUGCUGCUGCCGCUGCUGCUGGCGGUGGCGGCGGCGGAGCCGGCGCUGACCUCCAGCGCGGCCGACGACGCGGCGACCGCCGUCGGGGCCGCCCCGUCGAGGCCCGCCGCCUUCCAUCGGGCCGCCAAGGCUUCGUGGCGGCUGCCCGGGCGCUACGUGGUGCUGCUGCGGGCGGGCAGCGGUGAGGCCGAGGUGCGCGGCACGGCGCGGGCGCUGCGGGUGCGGGCGGCACGGCGCGGGUACCCGAGCGAGCUGCUGCACGUCUUCAGCCUGCUGCCCGCCUUCCUGGUGAAGAUGAGCAGAGACGUCCUGGACACGGCACUGAAGCUUCCACAUGUGGACUGUAUAGAGGAGGAUGCGUACGUCUUCGCACAGAGCAUCCCCUGGAACCUGGGCAGGAUUGUACCACCACUGCCCGGCACAGACACCUACAGCCCUCCCAAUGAAGGCGACAAGGUGCAGAUCUACCUGCUGGACACCAGCGUGCAGAGCACUCACCGGGAGAUUGCAGGCAGGGUGCUCAUCACGGACUUCCAGAAUGUCCCUGAGGAGGACAGCAGCCGCUUCCACAGGCAGGCCAGCAAAUGUGACAGCCACGGGACUCACAUGGCCGGGGUGCUGAGCGGGCGCGAUGCCGGCGUGGCCAGGGGCGCACACAUCCACAGCCUCCGUGUGCUGAACUGCCAGGGGAAGGGCACCGUCAGCGGGGUGCUCAUUGGCCUGGAAUUUGUCAGGGCAUCGCUGGAGGCUCAGCCCAGCCCACCGCUGGUGGUGCUGCUGCCCUUCGCCGGUGCCCACAGCCGUGUGCUGAACGCUGGCUGCCGGCGGAUGGUGCAGAUGGGGGCGGUGGUGGUUGUGGCUGCCGGGAACUACAAGGAUGAUGCCUGCCUGUAUUCACCUGCAUCCGAGCCAGAGGUGAUCACAGUUGGGGCCACUAACCGCGAGGACCGGCCGGCCUCCAUCAGCACGCUGGGCACCAACUUUGGCCGCUGUGUCGACCUGUUUGCCCCAGGGGACGACAUCAUCGGUGCCUCCAGUGACUGCAGCACCUGCUUCACCGCGCGGAGCGGCACGUCGCAGGCAGCCGCACACGUGGCAGGCGUUGCGGCCAUGCUGCUCAGCGCCGAGCCCCACCUCAGUGCGGCUGAGCUGCGGCAGCGCCUCCUGCACUUGGCCACCAAGAACGUCAUCAGCACGGCCUGGUUCCCCGAGGAGCAGCGGCUGCAGACACCCAGCAGCAUAGUGGGGCUGCCUGCCCAGCUGGGCCCAGACAAGGAGCUGCUGUGCCGCUCGGUGUGGUCGGCACGCUCAGGGCCCACCCGGCACGCCACGGCUGUGGCUCGCUGUGCCGGCACCGAGGAGCUGCUGGGCUGCUCCAGCUUCUCACACAGCGGCUGGCGGCUGGGCGAGCACAUGGAGGACAAGGAGGGGCAGAAGCAGUGCGUGGCCCACAACGCCUUUGGUGGCCGAGGGGUCUACGCCAUUGCCAGGUGCUGCACGUGGCCCCACACCCAGUGCCGGCUCAACACCAGCUCACAGGGUGACGAUGGGGCCGGCUGCUCCCCGCAGGACCACGUGCUGACUGGCUGCAGCUUCCACUCCCCUGUGGCUGCGCUGGGUGAUGGCGGCAGGCCCGUGCUGGGGCCAGGCAGCAGGCCUGGUGGCUGUACGACGAGGCCGGAGGGCACGGCCCACGCAUCCUGCUGCCCUGCUGCCAUGCUGGAGUGCCGCGUGAAGGAGCACGCGCCCCAGGGCUCUGCAGAGAAGGUGACGGUGUCCUGUGACGCUGGCUGGACGCUGACGGACUGCAGCGCUCACUCGCAGGGCCCCGGCACCUUGGGGUCCUACGCUGUGGCUGACACCUGUGUUGCAGCCAGCACUCCUGGCAGCCACGCACCAGGGGCCGUCGCCAUUUGUUGCCGGAGCCAGCAGUAGGGCUGAACUGUUGUACCAGGGCAGUGCUAUGGAGCCCAUCACAGCCUGGCUGAGCCCCAGCCCUGACCCCCAGCAUAGGCAGCUUUCCCCACCACCUUCCUGUACAUACAGUGACUGUAUAGGCUGUUCGUGUUACCAUGCAGCCCCUAGCUCUGUACAAACAAAACACAGGGUGAGGGUUGCUCCCUACUGUCCUUAGGUUUCAGCUGAUGCAACAUAGUUGAGUCAUUUUCAGGUGGUUUGAAAAUUGCCUACUCAGCUACCUGGAAGAUUUCUUUACUUUACAGCCACUGCAAGGCUCCUAGUUUUAAUUCUACUUGUUCAAUUAGAUUUUAGUUUGUAUUACUACAGAAUCUCAGCUGCUGCUCCAUUAGUGUGGUUUGUGUUGCUGGAGUUAAGGACCUGCUGGUGCUCCACACUGCUGUAACCGUUCCCUUCUGCAGCUCCAUCCAGACCCAGGUGCUUCUGGAGAAAAGAGUCAUCUUUUGUAGCACUUUUCAGUUUGUACGUCAGUCCUUUCAAUAUUUAUUUGGAGUUUUAUUUAUAUACCUUUUUAUAAAUGUCUUCUGAGAAUAAAAUUCCUAGAGCAGCACUUAGCA